GUACCAACUCGACCUUCCUCAUCAUCGACACCGCCUUUCUUCUGCCUUCCCAAAGCUUUGAUUCGUUUGCAGCUAUCGUUCGAUUAGGAUUGAUGGAGGGAGUGGAAGUCCCGCCUUACUUCUUGUGUCCUAUAUCGCUCGAGAUCAUGAGAGAUCCGGUGACCCUUUCCACCGGCAUCACCUACGACCGGGAGAGCAUCGAGAGGUGGAUCUUCUCCGACAAGCAUGAGAUCUGCCCGGUCACCAAGCAAGCGUUGACGAACCUCGACGUCACGCCCAACCACACUCUCCGGCGGCUCAUCCAGGCCUGGUGCUCCGCCAAUGCCUCCGACGGCGUGGAGCGCUUCCCCACCCCCCGUCCCCCGGUCGACAUGACCCAGAUCGUGGCCCUCCUCGACGAAGCCAAGCUGCCGCAGACACAGAUGACCGCGCUCCGAAGACUCAAGGCCAUCGCGUCGGAGAGCGACCGCAACAAACGCUGCGUCGAGGCUUCGGGUGCCGUCGACGUUUUAGCUUCGAUCAUGGAGAAAAGCAUCCACGGCUCGACAGGUGUUCUCGAGGAAGAACUUAUAGUGUGCGAUGGAUUGGAGUCUGCAAGUGCUCCCGAUGAAGCCCUCGCCAUAUUGUGCUCUCUCCAACUCUCGGAGAAAAGCCUCCUCGGUUUGAUCCAUAGGGACGUCAACUUCGUUGAACUGUUGACCAAAGUGUUGGGGCGAUCGAGCUACCGAAUCCGAGCUUACUCGUUGCUACUCCUCAAAUCCCUUGUGUCGGUGAUCGCUCCGGCCCGUGCAUUGUCUUUAAGGGAAGAGUUCUUCGAAGAGCUCGCGAAGGUCGUACGAGACGAGAUCUCACACCAAGCCACGAAGGCAGCACUGCAAGUUCUGGCCGCUGUUAGCCCCUGGGGGAACAACAGGUUAAAGGCAGUGAAAGCCGGGGCAGUGCGAGUGUUGAUCGAGCAACUGCUCGAUGAACCAGAGAAGAGAACGUGUGAGAUGAUCAUGGUGAUUCUAUGUCAGCUGUGUGGUUGCGCAGAAGGGAGAGCCGAGUUGGUCGAGCACGCAGCAGGGAUCGCAGUGGUGUCGAAGAAGAUACAUAGGGUGUCGCGGCUGGUGAGCAGGAUGGCGGUGAAGAUACUGUGCUCGGUGGCGAAGUCUUCGCCAUCUCCGGCGGUGCUGCAGGAGAUGUUACAGCUCGGAGCUGUUUCCAAGAUGUGUUAUGUGCUGCAGAUGGAUUGUGAUGCGCAGGCCAGGGAGAGGGUUAGGGAGAUAUUGAGGUUACACUCCAAGGCUUGGAGGAAUUCUCCCUGUUUAGCACCUCCUUUGAAGGCUUCAUAUCCCCCUCCUCCCUCUACAUGAGAGGAUAGAUAGUUAAUGUGCAUAAAAAAAAGAAUGUUAAUUGAUUUAUUUAAUUCUUUCUAAUCUCAAUUAUUUACCUCUUUCCAUUUCA